AUGCUCUUCCCACUCAAAUCGUUAGUUUCUUUUUUCAAUUUGAAAUUGCGUGAAAAAAAAACAUUUUAUGAUAUCCUAAAAAAGGCCAAACGUUUUUUUUUUCUCCGACAAUGAAACUGUUUUCCAUAUUUGUUCUCAGAUGCUUGCUAUUGAUACUCGUGGGCCUGAGCGACGCACAAAAGGGCCAGCGGAUGUGUCGCCAAUGCCGCGAUCUUUUCAUCGACCACGUUCUUUCUCUGAUCGUUCCGUAACUUUGACCUGCCAAUUUCAGAACCAAGAGAUGUUGCAAGAAAGCAGAAAUAACCCUCAGACGCUAAUUUUCCUCAAGCGGCGCCCUCUUCCGACUUGUGAUGAACCCUUGAAAAGAGUACGUCGGUCCAGCAAUUUUAAUUGUUUUUUUUUUCAAUCUAGGUGAACUGCUUUUUCCCGUGCCUGAAGAUUACAUUGUUUGAAUUAAGAACAAGUUGGUUUCCAGUUUCACUUGAGUUUUUAAUUUUUGAUCAGAGAAAAGUGCAUUUUAUUACGACUGUGGAGAAAACAUCGUGCAGAGCUUCAACUGGAAAGAUCACCUCAAAAAUACUGCCGAGAAGUGUCUUGUCAAUCACAACGUUUCUGGUCAGUGCUUUUUCCUCGUUCUCUCCAAACUUUUCCAAUUUCAGGAACAGAAAACACAUUGAUGGUGCAGUACUUCUAUAGUGCAGCGGCGAACUUCAGCAGCGACUUUGAAGAAGAAAACGGCCGUCCGUUGUGCCAUCAGAAAGGUGAGCCUUUUCAAAAAAUCACUUUAUUUUCUAGAAAAUCAUCCCCUUCGGGUACAUUCUUUUUCAUGCAACAGCGAGUUUUAUUCAAAAUGGUAAAAAUGUUUCUAGAGGGAUUUAUGAAAAAAAUUUCGAAAAAACGAAAAAAACUUUUUAAUCGAACGCAUCUGAAAAAUUCGAAAAAAUGAAAAGAAGAGGAUUUUCUUAUCAAUUGCUUAUUGGAGACGAAAUAAAGCAAUAUUGGCGUCGAGUUUCGCGCCCCAAUGACUUCUGAGCAAUCGAUGCGCAUUUGAAUCAUCAAAUUUCUUUAAUUCUAUGAGUUGAGCCAGUUAUGAACCGUGUUUUAUUUUUCAUAGCGACCAAUAAACUUUUUUUCAAAUCAUUUUUUUUAAAAAUAAAAUAAUGUUAAAAAAACAUUUUAUUGAUAAAAUUUUUUUCCUAAUCUGUAAACAAAAAAAUCAGUACUUUUUGCAUCUAGUAGAAUCCGAAUCUUUAUCAAGAAAAAUGGCGUACUGUCUCUUUAGUUAUAAAAAGUUGAAUCUGGAAAGAGUUUAAAAAAAAAGGUUAGAAAAUAAAUUGAGUCUCAUUAAGAAAUGCGGAGCCGAUCUAUAUAUGAAGCAGCGAAAGCGUCUUCAGACGACAGCAUCCUGAUUUGGACUAUGGCUAUCUUGACCGUCGUCGCGCUCUCCGCCGUCGGGUACUUUAUUUUCGAGAAGUGCUGCUCCAACAACGACGACGUUUUGCGGAACGACAUGCCCCUCCUCGAAACGAGCAGCGCCGCUCAGUCGCUUCUUCAGAAACGCGUCAACAGCGCCAACGAGGUCGUCAGAACUGGGGCCGCUGUCCCUCAAAUUAUUUGCGAUCAAGAAGAAAUCGACAGAAAUUCUUCGCUCAAAGUAACCGUUUAG